AUGUCUUUCGCCGCCACCCCUCUCUCCAUCCUCCUCCUCUUCUUCUUCUUCUUCACAUCUCCUCUGUCUCCGGCCGCCGCCCAACUGCCGCCGAAACCCACCAAUUUCUCCGCCUUCUCGAUAUCCCAAUCCCCAUGGCGGCCGACCCAGAAUCUCAUUCUCUUCUCCCCCAACUCCCUUUUCGCCGCCGGCUUUCAGCCACUACCAAAAAACUCCAAUCUCUUCGUCUUCUCUGUUUGGUACUUCAACAUCUCAACGGACAACGUCGUCUGGUCAGCCAACCAUCUUUCUCCGGUCAACCGCUCAGCGGCUUUGGUCAUCACGCGCACCGGCCAGCUCCGUCUCGACGACGGUUCCGGUCGCAAUCUCUGGCCUUCCAACAGUAAUGUUUCUGCAAAUCCAAAUUCAACCCAAUUAAUCCUUCGCAACGAUGGUGAUUUGAUUUACGGCACAUGGGAAAGCUUCCAAUUCCCCACCAAUACUAUCUUGCCUAACCAGACAUUAAAUGGAACCACCAUCGUCUCCAACAACGGCAAAUAUGCGUUUAAGAACUCUGUUAAUUUGACGUUUGGUGCAGAAAGGUACUGGACCCCUGGAAACCCAUUCCAGAUUUUCCUGAUCGAAGGUCAAAUCAUCAUAAACAAUCAAACCCCAAUUUUCCCUUCUGAUUUUAACUCGACCCGGCUGCGGAAAUUGGUGGUCGACGAUGAUGGAAACCUCAAGAUUUUCAGCUUCAACCCAAAUCUCCGGCGGUGGGAUGUCGUUUGGCAAGCACAUAUAGAGUUGUGUGAGAUCUUUCAUACUUGUGGCCCAAAUUCCAUCUGUAUGAGUACUGGCAGUUACAACUCCACCAACUGUGUCUGUGCUCCCGGAUUUAUCCCCGAUCCUCGCGGCGGAGCACGGCAAGGAUGUCACCGGAAACUCAACAUGUCAAAUACACCCAAGUUUCUUCAACUGGAUUUUGUGAGUUUCAGAGGUGGAGUUAAACAAAUCUCCCUGCAAACCCCAAAUAUUUCAGUCUGCCAAGCGAAUUGCUUGAAGAAUUCCAGCUGCGUGGGCUAUACAUUCACCUUCGAUGGUAGCGCCCAAUGUGCGCUUCAGCUUGACAUUUUGUCGAACGGGCUGUGGUCCCCAGGGAUGAAGAUAGCUGCUUUUGUUAAGGUCGACAAUUUGGAAACAGAUCACUCAAAUUUCAACGGAAUGAUGUAUAAACUCCAAACCACAUGUCCAGUUCACAUAACCAUACGGCCGCCGCCAGUGAUUAAAGACAACACGACAAGAAACAUAUUGAUAAUCAGCACCAUAUUCAUUGCCGAACUAAUUUCCGGGGCGGUUUUCUUCUGUGCUUUCUUGAAGAGAUUUGUAAAAUACAGAGACAUGGCUCGCACGCUUGGUCUCGAAUCACUUCCCGCCGGCGGGCCAAAGCAGUUCACUUACGCCGAGCUAAAGACGGCCACGAAUAACUUCUCGACCUGCAUCGGAAGAGGCGGAUUCGGCGAAGUCUUCAAAGGAGAGCUACCGGACAAACGCGUGGUCGCCGUUAAGUGCUUGAAAAACGUCGCGGGUGGCGACCGCGACUUUUGGGCGGAGGUAACCAUCAUCGCUAGGAUGCACCAUCUGAAUCUGCUUCGAUUGUGGGGAUUCUGCGCGGAAAAGAAUAAAAAAAUGUUAGUGUACGAACAUAUUCCCAAUGGAUCGCUCGACAAAUUCCUGUUCCCCAAACCUUUACCCUCCGAUUCGGAGAAGAACGAAACAGAGUCGUACGAUGAAAUCCCCUCGCUGGAUUGGAACAUCCGGCACCGAAUCGUGAUUGGGGUAGCGAGAGCAAUCGCGUACUUGCACGAGGAAUGCCUGGAAUGGGUAUUGCAUCGUGACAUAAAACCAGAGAACAUUCUUCUGGACAACGAUUUUUGCCCCAAAUUGUCGGAUUUCGGACUGUCUAAACUGAGGCAAAAUGAGGAGACGAGGGUGAGCAUGUCUCGGAUUAGAGGGACGCCGGGUUACGUAGCGCCAGAGCUGGUGAAAUUGGGAUCGAAUUGGAUGACGACAAAAGCGGAUGUGUACAGUUUUGGAAUGGUGUUGUUGGAGAUUAUGAGUGGGCGGAGGAAUUGUGAGAUGAAAAGAUCGACGGUGGAGAGUGCGGAGUGGUACUUCCCUGGAUGGGCGUUCGAGAAGGCGUUCGUGGAGGAGAGGAUGGAGGAGAUUCUAGACGAUCGAAUAAGGGAUGAGUGGGAGAGUGGAGGGCAUUGGGGGAUUGUUAAUCGUAUGAUGCAGACGGCGAUGUGGUGUCUUCAAAGCCUACCGGAGAAGAGACCGUCGAUGGGGGAGGUGGUGAAGAUGUUGGAAGGGAAGCUUGAGAUUGCUCCUCCUGAAAAGCCCUCCGUUUACUUCUUGUCGGAACACCCUACCACUUCAUGAACCACUUCUUGUCCGGCGAGGCCCAUUAAGGGAUGUUUCUUCUACUUGGGCUCAUUUGAGUCCUUAAUCAAAUUCCCUAAUUCAUGAACGGAUUAAUCCA